AUGUUAAACGAGUUCCUGCAGCUGUUUCAAUCGCAACAGAAUCGGGAUCGCGUGAGUCGAGAAUGUGCAGAUCAAGGUAUUCAAUUUAAAUUUAUUCCACCACGUUCGCCACAUUUUGGUGGCAUCUGGGAGGCCUCGGUCAAAUCUGUAAAAACGCACCUUACUCGCAUACUGAAAAACGCACUCGUGACCAACGAACAGAAGCAGACUUUAUUAGCUCAGAUUGAAGCAUGUCUAAACUCAAGGCCCUUAACCCCGCUGAGCAACGAUCCCGAAGAUUUAGACGCAUUAACUCCAGGUCAUUUUUUGACGCACCGACCAUUGACUGCCAUCCCCGAGCCGUCUUAUGAAGAAAUUCCUACCAACCGUUUGUCACAAUGGCAAACCAUUCAAGAAUAUCUCCGUCGUCUCUGGAAGCGAUGGUCAUCCGAAUACCUGUCUGGGCUUCAGCAACGCACCCGAUGGACCCACGAACGAGACAAUAUUCACAUCGGUACAAUGGUACUAGUGAAGGACGACAAUCUACCACCGAUGAAAUGGCGUUUCGGCCGUGUAGUAGACAUCGCCCAUGGACAAGAUGGUCUCACUCGCGUGGUUAGCAUUCGCACCAAGGAUGGCGUUUAUAAACGGGCGAUCACUCGCGUCUGUGUAUUGCCAAUUCAAGAUAGUCAAGAAUGA